ACUCUAUUGUAACCACAUAACGUUCCAGAAAGUGAUACAGACUGUACUGGGCAAUUGUUCACAGAACAAUUCUUAAUUUUGCUGGAAAUUGAGUGAACGAUAUUAGUGAACUAAAGAAUUAAAACGAAUAUUUUAAGUGAAAAUGACGAUAUUAAAUACGAAUAAGAAAACUGUAUUAUUGAUAUUAUUUUUAUUGUGUACUUUGAUAUGUGUGGAGUGUAGAAAAACGUCAAAAAGUCGGUCCUCAGGUUCUGGCCGCGGAUCGAGUAAAAAAACAAACAGCAAUCCUCAGCCUGCGCCAACCUCCUUUAGUUAUUCACAGCCUGCAUCUGCACCAAAACCUACAUUGUUUGGAUGGCAAGAAAAACCUGCUCAAAAGAGUGCCUCAACAUGGCAAUCAAAAACAUCAAACAGUCAAAGUCAUUCUUAUCCUUCAAGUCAAACGAGUCUAUCUGGCAAUCAACCUAAGCAACCAGCAAAUCAUCAAGAGAAUAUUCAAAGAAACCAGGCACCUCAACAGUCACGACCAGUUUCUCAGAUAAAUACUAACAGUCAAUCUGGCCAUUCAUAUCCUUCGUCCAACGGCCUUUCAGGUAACAGCGGUUCGGGAGCAAGCUACUCUCAAGGGACUGGUUUGUCAGGUUCUGGAGCAAGUUACCCCCAAGGGACGGGUUUGUCAGGUUCUGGAGCAAGCUACCCCCAAGGGACUGGUUUGUCAGGUUCUGGAGCAGCAAAGCCUCCUAGCUCCGGUGUAGGAUAUCCACAAGGGAGCGGUUUAUCUGGAUCAGCGCCAGCGAACUCUCAUGGAAGCGGUCUAGAAGCUCAAAGACCUAGUUAUGGAGGAUCUGGCGGCGCGCCACCUCCUUAUCCUGGGUAUAAAGCUGGAGAUACAAAUCGGCCUUAUAAUGGAGGAAAUUAUCCAGCGCAAAAUUACGGUAAUAAUUAUCAACAUGGAUUACAACAAGGACCACCGCCUCCAUACUCUCACUAUGGGUCCAACUACGGGGGAUAUGGAGGGAAUGGUUUUUACUCUCAAACUCCUGGAUAUUUUGGAAAUUAUGGUAAAGGAUUUGGAGGUGUUAGCCGAACAAGCAGCGCUCUCAAAGGUGUAGGUAUAGCAGGCGCCGGUAUUGGCACAUUGUUGACAGGAUUAGCAUUGUGGAAUUUAGCACGUUCUACUGGUCGUCAUCAUCAUACCGUUAUUUAUGAUAACAGAGGACAACCGGUGGCGGUAGCUCCUGCCAACGAUACGUCGUCUCCAGAUGAAUCAUUCUUGAAAGAUUUAGUCAACUGCAGCCUGACUAUAAGUAAUGAAAAUGCAACUGAAGUGUUAGCUAUACCAUGCGCUAUAGCAUCGUCAUUUUCUCCAGAAGCUGACGUAAAGGAAGUAGGAGCUGAUGAGAGCAAGAUUGACAACACAAAAUGCAUGGUUACAGUUGUAACAAAAACUGGUAAAGAAUACAUGACAACAAUACCAUGUGCUACACUGCUCAAUACCGCUGCAGAAAAUAAUGUUACAGAACCGCCUCUGGAAAGCAAUGGAACGGAAAAUACUAACAGUACAAUAGGUUCUGGUGAUACACCAUUAAUAAAUCAACCAACAGCUCUUAGCCUUUCUAGUGGUAAUGCCGAAUUGAAAACGACACAGUCUGGUAUAAAUUGUACACCUGAGCCUGGUAUUACGAGGGAUCCAAUUGAUCCAUGUUUUGCUGUGACUAGUGAUUUAACGGUGGUUCCAAUACAAACCUCGGAAAAACCUACAGAAAAUGCGAAGUAGGGAAGUACCUACAAUUAGGAAAUUUCACGAUUGUUUUAAUAUUUUUAGCUAUAUUUUGGCAAUGUAUAGUCUGUGUGCCUCUCUACCUACCUACUAUGGUCUAUUUCAGUGUGUCAGUUUUAGCAUUGCUAUAUUAGUAAAUUAUUAUUGUAGCAUUAAAUAAAACUAUUCAACAAACUUGUAGUAUGUCGUAAUAUUGUAAUAGAAAUAUAUAAC